AUGAAUAAUUGUGGACCUGGAGUAGGAACUACAAUGGCAGCAGGAGGACCACCUUACGAUGCCAAAAUAGCUGGCUUAUAUGAUUUACUUGAUACACUAGGUUCAGGACAUUUUGCUGUUGUAAAACUAGCUAGACAUGUUUUCACAGGCGAAAAAGUUGCUGUGAAAGUUAUUGACAAAAGUAAACUGGAUGAAGUUUCAAAAUCCCAUUUAUUUCAAGAGGUUCGAUGCAUGAAAUUGGUUCAACAUCCAAAUGUUGUGCGAUUAUAUGAAGUAAUUGAUACACAGACUAAGCUUUAUCUUAUAUUAGAGUUAGGUGAUGGAGGUGAUUUGUAUGAUUACAUAAUGAGACAUGACUCUGGUCUCUCAGAAUCUCUUGCUCGUGAUUAUUUUCGACAAAUUGUACGAGCAAUCUCAUAUUGCCAUAGGUUACAUGUUGUCCAUCGUGACUUGAAACCUGAAAAUGUAGUGUUUUUUGAAAAGUUAGUUUGCGGUCAGGCACCAUUUCAAGAAGCUAAUGACAGUGAAACACUUACAAUGAUUAUGGAUUGUAAAUAUAAUAUUCCACCACAUAUAUCAAACUCUUGUAAAAGGCUGAUAGGAAGAAUGCUAGUCAGGGAGCCAGAAAAGCGGGCUACUUUAUCAGAGAUAGCUACAGAUCCAUGGGUAACAGCGGGAGAGGGAAUAGCAGUAGAAGAUUUUGAUACUCCUCUUGUGACAAAAGAACAGCUAUCAGAGGAUGACCAUUCAGCUAUACUGCAGAGAAUGGUAAAUGGUUCAAUUGCUUCGAAAGAACACAUACUGGAAGCAUUAGAAAAAAAUGAAUAUAAUCAUAUAACUGCCACAUAUUACUUACUGGCGGAAAGAAAGUUAAGAUCAAAGAGACAAGCUGCCCGCGCCGCGCGAAGACCCGAAGCUUUGGGGGUUCCUCUUGGAGCUUCGCGAGGUCGAGCGCUUCUUGCACCGCCACAACUGGCUGCCGCACCACGCACGCCACAAGACGUUCCUCCGCGCUCUCGUAAGUGCAGCAUCGUCAGAGAGGAGGAGGAUGACGAAGACACGGCUGUGGCGGGUGCGGUUACGGCCCGAGCGGCGGAUGCCAGGCGUGGCUCCAGGUCCGAAGGUCGCCUGCACCUCGCAAGGCCAGCUCAACUCGCCGAUAACCUCACUAAGGUGAAUCUGGACGACGGCGCGUCGGUGCGCGUAUCGGAGACGCGUCGGGCCAGCGCGACGGGCGGGGCGCCGACGCCGGCGCCGCCGCGCGCCCCCCCGCCCCGCCCCGCCCCCCGCGCGCCGCCAGCGGCUCGAGUGCCGCCGGCGACGACCGAGGGCCGGCUCAGCGACGCGCCCUUCGAGCGGGCGCGCCGCGACUCGCCCGACGCCUCGAGCGACAGCCAGGGGCGCGGCGGCGCGCCGGGCGCCCGCGGCGCGCGCCGCCAGGGGACGGGCGGCACCGGCGGCGCGGGCUCCGCUGGCGACGCGCGCGGCGGCUCCGCUGGCGGCCGACGCCGGCGCGCGGCCCGCAAGGAGAGCCGCCUGCGCGAGUCGCGCUCGCUGAACCGCAUAGCGGAGGUGGAGGAGGCGGCGGCCGCACGCUGGGCCGGCGGCGGGCUGGUCGCGCUCUGCGGCCGCCCGCUGCUGCGGCUGCUCGCGGCCGCCAGGCCCGCGCCCUCCGCCCGUCGCCUGCACGGCCUGUGC